UUUUACCAAGCAGCAACAUCAUAUUUUACACGCCGUUUGGUCAAGGAGCUCUGGUGUGCUUCAAGAGCACCAAUAACCUAAACGGAAAGCAAAUGUUGCCAAGCCAUUUGCCACUCUAAAUGACACUUGCAAGUGGUGGAUUGCAACUGGGAUUGGCUCGAGUUCCCGGUUUGAAGUUCCCCACAUGGCACUUUCCUCAGCAUCUACCACGGCUGCUUUUAAUCGCAGCUCUGAUUGGGUGGAGAUCCUGGAGCCACGCUCCCGUGAGCGCAUGUACGUGAACUUGACCACCGGGGAAUGCGGCUGGGAUCCUCCUCUCGGCGCUCCCGUUCGCCAGGCGGAUGGCAACCAGUGGUGGGAGCUCUUUGACCCUCAAAGCGGCCGCUUCUACUACUACAACUCCACGGGGCGCCGCACGGUCUGGCAUCGGCCGCAAGGAGCCGACAUCGUGCCCCUGUCCCAGCUUCAGGCCAUGAAGCGCUGCAGUGAGGCCAAGCGGCCGGGAGCGGGUGUGGAGAGGCACCAGCAUGGGACCACUGGGAGUAGCAGCAGUGCGGCGAGCCAGGCCCUCUGCUCCUCUCUGCCUGAGCAAGAUGGAGACAAUCCUGAGACACUUGAAGUGGCAUCCAACCCAGACUUGGACCCAGCUGUGGAUGUCAGAUCACAGGCAGACGGAUGCGCCAAUGAACACAAAGAACCUCCGAGGGAUGCCCCCCAAAGAUGGCAGCCCGCACCCGGUUCUAAGGCAGCAAUGUUGGUCAAAGUGAACAGCAUGAGCCGCAACCAGCCAAGUCCAACUUCACAGCAGCAACUCCUCCAGCACGGCGCACUCAACAAAGCCAACACUUUCGCACAGCACCCAUCCAACAUUAAGGCCCAAGGAGCAUGUUUAGGCUCCACCCAAGGGUAUAAAACCACGCCCCCUGGGAAAACGGCAGCCGACCCACGCCAGGCCCAUCACCUGAGGAAAGCCAGUAACGGCAGCUUCUCUGUAGUGAUGUCAGACAGUCGUCAAGCCAGUCCACUCCUUCAGAGGUCGCAGACCAGCACACCACGGCCGGUCUCGCCCCAGUAUGCUUGCGGCGCUCCAAUCUACGAUGAGCCGGUUACAGACUGUCCCAUAUACGACGAGCCCCCAAUAGACAUGGAGGUCGAAGGAGCGCACCUUUUCAAUGGGCAACAACUGUCUCGCUUGACUCCCUCCCAUAGUCUUCAGAAACCAAGACUUCACCAGCAUCCCGGUCCUUCUCUUCCAGGUUCCAGGCACAGGAGAAGUCCUUCUGCCUCUGACUAUAGCCCAGCUGGUCUGGAGUGCAUCAAACAUAUGAUCAAUGUAGACCCCAAGCAGCUCCUGUCUGGUUCCCCUCUACCUACACGCACCCCCUCUCCUACAUCCCGGCAGGACCUCGUCCCAACCCAGCCUCAGUCGCAGGCUCACUCUUUGCCCCAAGUUCGAGGCCGAGAAGCGGGGGGGACCCCGGGCCCGAGUACACUGGAUAAGAAGCAGAGUUGGCGAGCCCUGGAGGUCACUGUGCAGCGUGCUAUGGAGGUACGGCACAGUAGGCAGGGCAGCCAAGCUUCACAGGACUUCCCCUCCUCGACACCUCAGGCAACGGCAAACUAUCAAGACUCCGGCUACUCCACUGGGCCCUCACCGAGUUUGAGAAGAAAGAGUAGGAGAAGGAUGGGAGUCGGUGGAGGUGCGGGAGGCAGGCCCGGGUCAGUGGGAAGCAGCGGAGAGCUGUGUGCCCUCAAUGAGAGGCUGAUGGCCGAGAUGAGGGAAGUAGUCAGUCGCUCCAACACCAUGAGGGAGGUGAGAGCGGGACUGGAACCGGAAAUAGGCGAGAGGGUGGUUGUAUCCCGGACACGCUCCCCCGUAGACUCGCUAAGGUGGUAUGGAGCAGGAGGAGGCGUGUCAGCUGGCAGGUGCUCAUCCAGAGAAGACAUCACCGGGGCUUCCCGCUCACUCGGUACGGCAGGUAACGCUGCGGUGACCCCUUUCGAGAUACCAGGGAGACAGAAGAGGACGUAUGAAAAAGUGGACACCUUGGAGAUGAGCGUUACUAGCCAGGCCAGCCUGUCUUCACCUGAGACUCCAGGACCACCCUCCCAGGUGAGCACUCUUGAACUACAGGCUCAGCUGGAGAGCAGAAAGAAAGACAUGGUGGAUGGACGCAGCGCAUCCCUUGGCCCGCACCGACCUGUCAACCACGACAGCAGAGAUGGAUGUGAAGGAGCAAAAGCGGCAGAAUGUUCCUACCAGUUCACCUACGCCACCCUGCGACAGCCACCGGCUCCAGAAGUAGGCAUGGAGGACUGGGCCAGCAAGCACCUCAACAUGCACACGCAAGGCCUGUUCCGACGCCGCGUCUCCAUCGCCAACAUGCUCUCUUGGAACCGAGGUUCCAUUAAAAAGCCCAUGCUGGUCACGAGCAACCGCGCCAUCAGGAAGGAGGCUUGCGAGAUGUUCAAGCUGGUGCAGGCCUACAUGGGAGACAGGCCCUCGCGUCUGGACCGCCGUCACUGUGCCCUGCUCAUCGUCACCAAGUGCUGGGAGAUGCAAGGCCUGCGGGAUGAGCUCUACGUGCAGCUGGUGAGGCAGACCACGGGAAACGCCAACCCCCGAAGCUUAGCGGCAGGUUGGGAGUUGAUGGCUGUUAGCUUGGCCUUCUUUGCCCCGUCGCCCAAGUUCCGCUGUUACCUGGAGGGCUACAUCCAGAGACACACUGAGCCCACCAGCGACAAGAAAUGUGAGUCUCAGACUGAGCAGCAGGUGACUCAGUUUAUAUUAGAACAGCAGGAACUAAAAUUAAAGAAGAAUUCAAAAUCAAGGAAAAAGCGUAAACAAAACACAGAUGAGGAAGAAGGCCUGCCUGUCAGCACAUAUGCCAAGUUCUGCCAUCGGAAGCUGCUAAAGGUGGCCAUCACGGGAGGGAAAAAGGGGCUACGUAAGCCCACCUUGGAAGAGGUCGACCACAGCAGACGGGCUAUCAUCACCCCCUCCCUGUUUGGUAGCUCCUUGGAGGAAGUAAUGGAGCGGCAGAGCGAACUUUUCCCAGACAGGAAAUUACCCUGGGUGCAAGUUCAACUUUCCCAGUAUGUUCUGGCUCUGGGCGGCGCUCAGACGGAGGGCAUCUUUCGAGUGCCCGGAGACAUUGAUGAAGUCAAUGCAUUGAAGCUGCAAGUAGACCAGUGGAGGAUCCCUGAGAAUCUGUCAGACCCAAAUGUUCCUGCCUCUCUGAUGAAACUAUGGUAUCGCGAGCUGGAGGAACCGCUCAUCCCCAUGAACUUUUACAAACAGUGCGUCGAAAACUGCGACGAUCCAGUUGCAGCCAUUGCCGUGGUUCAGUCCUUGCCUGAGCUCAACAGGCUGGUGCUCUUCUACUUCAUCCAUUUCCUGCAGGUAUUUGCUCAGCCCUCUAACGUAGCUAUCACCAAGAUGGAUGUGAACAACCUGGCCAUGGUGAUGGCCCCCAACUGCCUCCGGUGCCAAUCGGACGACCCGCGGAUUAUUUUUGAGAACACGCGCAAAGAAAUGUCGUUCCUGAGAAUGCUCAUAGUUCACCUGGACACCAGUUACAUCGAAGGAGUCGUGUAGCCUCGCAGAAUUGCUCUCUGCAGAAAACACUGGAAACUUGCAGAAUGAGAUAUGACAUCUUCAUGAGAGACAAAACAAAUUGUUUUGGUCAAAUGAUACUUAACUAUCCAGCUACUUAAUGUGAGGCCCAAGAAACUCACAAGUCUGAGCCAUCUUUUGGUGACCUCUCAUUUCAACCAGUGACAUCACGUGAUGACGACUUAACUUUAUUUCCUGCCAAAAAUAGUUGUAUGUGUACAACAACUUGAGUUCAGCAAAGUCUAAGACUGUACAGAUAUUGACAAAGGUUUCAAGUUCUGUUGGUGUUUAUGCUCCCUCACAUCAUUCAAGUGUGCUUGUGUGUAUGACCGUCAGCGUAAGACAUCUCAUGCGUCGAUUUAUACUGAAAAGGCAAAGAAAAUCGAUCAUGUUUUUGUUGUUCUUCUGAUCACUGGUCUAUUAUACAGGAUUUUAAGUAGAGUGAACAGAGUACAAACCAUUGUUGCUAAGUUUUGCUAAUUUUCAACAAACUCAUUUGGAAGUGCUUAGAUUUUCUGACCUACAAUAUUCAUUUAAGGGCAAAUGGGAGAUGUGUAUUUCCAGCAUGUCUUUGUGAAGUGGGAGAUUACUUAUUUAAUUAUGAUAAUAAUAAUCUAUAAGAAAUAUUUCAUUUGGACCUCUGUUCUAUAUUCUUGUGAUAUAUGUAAUGUGGCUCAGGUCUUACUGAGGAAAAAAAAAAACGGGUGUUAGAUGGGACUGGAACUGUACUGUUUCCAGUCUUCCCACAGACGAAAUGUGUCAUCAUUGUGUCGAACCCCUUUAUGGACAGUGCAACUCUCAAGCAUUAUGAGAAUGUAGAAUAAGCUGACGAGUCCUUUUAAUGUAUAUAUCGCAUGUAAAUAGUAUUAACAGUUUAUUGGAAUGAAGGACAUGCGUGGGAGUUUCUGUAAGAGCAAUAAAGGAAAAAGGUUUGUUUUUGUUUUUUGUUGUUCUGCUGUACUACCUGCCUUUUGAACAGAAGACUGACUCAACCUGUGUGUGUAUUGUGUUCCGCCUUGUUUGAUUAUAGAACAAUUGUCCAAAAAUAAAGGGUUGUUCAAUUGUA